AAUGGAGAUCAGGAACCGGCUGAGUAUCCAAAGGAGGAAUCGGAAAGCCAAGCCGCUCCUGUUGCAGAGGAGAAUGUGAGCCAAGGACAACAACAAACGGAAGAGCAGGAUUUUCCUGAGGAAGUUACCGUUGAAACUGAGCGGGAUCCAGAAGAAUAUGUACAAGAAGAGAAGGAUCGUGUUUAUGCCGCAGAGGAAAAAGUGCAUCAUGAUGAGCCUCAACCGGCAGAAGGAGGUGCUGAUAAGGAUGUGGGAGAGUACGUUGAGGAAGAAACGGUUCCACCUACCGUAGGUGAAGGAGAGCAGGAACAGGGGCAGGAUAAAUCCGGGCAAGCCGAAGAGGAUAAUGUUGACAAGGGAAGAUCUGUAGAUCGUGAAGAGGAUCAACGGGAUGUAAGGCGUGUUGAAACUGCUGAUCAAGGUUCUCCUGAAGAUGAGGUACUUCCGCCUCACACCCAAGAGGUUAAUUGUCUAUUUAAACCGAGGAAACAUCCGUUCACUCAACCUUCUCGUUGGGAUCCCAUUGAAUAUGAUGUCAAUGAGGAUACUGAUGACGAGUUCGAGAUGGCAACAGCAAUGCAACCAGUUUAUGAGAAAGAGGAAGGGGCUGUUGAAAAACCAGCAUUUAAGAAUGGUGAACCAGACUAUGAAGGUGAUUAUCUUUCAUGCUUUGAUGAACCUAACUUACUUUACCGUAUUUUGAACCGUGAAGAAAAAACAUGGGCAUUCUACAAUGAUACUCGCAACUAUGAAAUGCAUGUGCAGUUUACAUUUGGAAAACACUCCAAGUUAGAGCCACUUGAAAAUACAGGAAUGCAUACCAAAGCUAAUGGUGAACAUGUGGCUGAGGUUGUUGUUUACCCUGGUGAAACAGAGAUGUUUGUAAAGGGUAAUGUAAAUGGUUUUACAAGCAAGCUUCGGGCUCUCCCAUUAUCUGAAGAGUACUAUCUUCGUCGUCAAGAACUUGCUGAUGAAACAAUUCAACAAGAAAUUGCACAAAUUAAAGGAUUUGUUGGUGACGUGACUAAUUCUGAAGAAGUUUUAAGAACUUGCGUUGAAAACGGUAUUCCUUUUGUGGAUCUUGAAUUUCCCCCUUGUCAAGCUUCACUAGAUACUGGAGCAAAGAAACCCUUCAAGCAUCUCCCUUGGGCUCGUCCUUCUUCAUACUUGCCUGAUAAUAUGAUUGAUCAGGUUCGUCUUUUCAGAGGUCCUAUUCGACCUGCUGAAGUGGAUCAAGGAGAAUUGGGUGAUAACUGGUUGCUAUGCUCUGUCGCUGCAGUGUCAGAAAAUCCUAAAAGUAUUGUUAACAUGUUCCGUCACCCAACUGAUCCUGAAAUGGGAAAGAGGGAACGUGCGGUUGGUGGAUACCGUGUAACUUUUAACAAAAAUGGAGUAUGGCGCAGUGUAAUUGUUGACAAUUAUCUUCCUAUUGCUGGUGGUAAACCUAAAUAUGCAAAGAGCAAAAAUGACCUCGCUGAGGUUUGGCCUUCUAUUAUGCAAAAAGCAUUUGCUAAAUUACAUGGAAGUUACGCAAGUAUUUGCUCAGGUGAUCCUCUUCACGCUCUUCAAGAUAUUACAGGACGUCCUUGCUGUCGCUUUGAUGAAGCCUUUUCUGAUGCUUCCCGUUCUGGCAAAGAUGAUCUCUUCCAAGAUUGGAUAAAAUAUCUCAAGUCUCACUACUUGAUAAUUGUGAGUACACCAGGUAAAGAUCCCAGAGAUGGUACGUCAAAUGAUCCUAAAUUGGUUAAUCAAUACAAAAGUGUUGGACUCCUCACUGGUCAUGCAUAUACUAUCCUUGAUGCGAAAUUCUUCCCCGAGUAUGAAUUGCGUUUGGUGAAGGUUCGUAACGCAUGGGGUCGUCAUACUGAAUGGAAUGGUGAUUGGUGUGAUGAUGAUGAAAAAUGGGAGCAGUACCCUGAUGUGGCUGAGGCCUGCUCUUUUCAAAAAGCCAACGAUGGUACUUUUUGGAUGACAUGGGAGACUUGUCUUUAUUAUUUUAAUGGAGGAGGUGUAUCCUUUUUCCAGCCUUCCGUUAAUGAUUACCGUGUACCUUCGAAAUUUGUGGAUUGCGUACCAUCUUGUGUACUUGAAGUCAGUGUUGAAGAACCAACAUGGAUGUGUUUUACAAUUUCCCAACAGGAUAAACGUGGUCGCGCUGAUGUGAGUGAAUAUCAACCUGUUAUGAUAAGUGUUGCACAUCCAGUUGAAGAUGAAUUGUACAAGGUGGUGGAGAACAGUUCAGCUGAUGCUUCUCAUCCACUCACUGAUAAAUGGACCUUCUUCCAAGCACGUGAUGUGAGUUUGAUGCACAAAUUCCUCCCAGAUCAUUCACCCUACCUUUUAAUUCCUCGUCUUAUGCCUAUGGAAGGACAGGCUGGGGAAGUAUCCUAUACAUUGGGUUUUUCAUGCAAUAAAGUUCUUGGUCAGGAAGGUGUCACAGUUAACUUCAAGAAAUUGGAUAAGGAUAAUCGUGUGUUCCAAAACUUCCCCAAGUUUGAUCCUGAGGUAACUCCAGUCGAAGUGGAGUACCAAGCAAAGAUGGCCAAUGAUGGAUACCCCAAGACUAAGGAAGGGUCAUCAGUGCAGUAA